GGUACUACUGUACCAACGCUAAUGGCGGAGUACGCAUGCGCAGUAGAGUCUUUACCGGAGCCGUAAUGGCGGAGAACGUACGGUCGCCUUUUGACUAUCGGGAGCCACCGACUCUCGACAGCGAUGGAGACGGUGGCAAGCCUCCGCCACCUCGGGGGCGAGUGUGUGGCCGAAAGAGAAAGGGCACUCCAGUGAAGGUGUGUGACCGUGCAUAUGUGACUGAAGAUGAAGAGGAAAGUUUGUCUGAGCACAGUUACAGCCCAGGUGAAGGGCAAUACCCAGAUGAAGCAGAGGACCGACUCCCCCCACCCAACAGUCCUUACUAUCUCGCUGACCCAACCCAGCUUUGUGUAUCAGAGCUCGGCGAAGAAGGCGCCAGUGGUGUUCGUGGCCCUGUGCUCUUUCCACCUCUACCACCUAACUGCAGGAUCAGAGAGGUUCAUUGUGGGAGUCAGGUACGACUGGUUGUCAUAGCGAUCAGAGACAUUGCCAAGGGUGAGGAAAUUACGGUGGACUACAACUUGGCUGAGUGGGGUGAAAAUGCGCUGGCUUUCCAUCGCUCUGUAUCACCACGAGGAUUUGAAUGCGGCUUCAAUCCAGACAGCAAUAUCAAGAAGGAAGAGGACGCAGCUCCGUCUCUCCCUCUGUCUCUCACAGUUUCAGACUACCUCACUCCCUCGUGGUCUCUCUCUCCUUCAUCGUCUCCUCUGUCUCGCUCUGAGGCCAGUGAUUCAGACCGAGAGGAAGAUGAAGAAGAAGAGGAAGACGAGGAAGAGGAUGACGAAGAGGAAGAAGAUCUUGAAGAGCUAAGGGGCCACAUGAUGCAGAGGCGCAAGAAGCGAAAAACGACAAAUAACACAGCCAAAAAAAAGCCUCAACCCAGCCCUCUUUCCUCUUUCCCUCCAUCCUCCUCACCUUUCCAGUCACCUUUAGCCCCACCGACCACAAACAUAAACAAUAACAUAAACAUAAACAUUAGCCGCAGCGCCAGUAGGAAGCAACACUGUCCUCAUUGUGGCCGUAAUUUCCGUUCUCUUGCUCGGCAUCUCGAAAAGCACCACGAUCAGCAACCGGAAAUCCGGAAUGCAAUGGAACUGUCACACGGCCCACGGUCCACACACACACCGCCCUCGGCACACACACGUGGCUCACACUCGUUCGCCUCACCACAGCCCUCUGCUUCCGCUUCCGCUUCCUCCUCUUCCUCUUCCACCUCAGCCACCCCCAAUCUCUUCUCUCGUGACUCUUCCGGCUCAGGUUCGGCGGCCAUGUCAUUCUCUUUAUCCCUCUCUCCUCCUUCACGCCGUCCUACCACCAAAAAGAGCCCUGCCUCUAUCUCCACUCCACCCAGAAAGAACACAGCACCUACUGCAGCAGCUGUGAAAAAGUCUUCCAGUCCUCCGGCCAAAAGGGGGCGACGUCCAAAGAAGGAGAAAGAAGAGAAGCAAAAGAAACAGGAGGAAAUAGAACAAGCAAAAGAAGAAGCUCCACCCACUCCGGGCCGAAACGAAGAGGUUGAAAGGGAGGAGAUAGAAGAUGAGGAGCUGGAUCUGACCGAAAUGAGGGAUGAUGACAGCGGAGAAGAGAAGAAUGGUGCAAGGUACUCUCACCGGUCCCACGUGUCUCCUCUCCUGUCCUCUCUCUCCACCCUGGUUUUGUAUCUCCGACGUCAGCAGCACACGUCCUUCCUGUCCCUCUCACGUUCAAGCAGCUCUGCAGAGGCCUGGCGCCUGCUAUGCCACUCCAGCCUGGCACUGCUCAUCCUCUAUAAUCGUCAUCGUGAGUGUGAAAUGGCAAAGCUAAGCAUAAAUGAUUACCGCAGUCGCAUCACAACUUCCUCUAACUCCAGCUCCCCACUUGAAGCAUCUUUAUCCCCUUUCGAGCGCCAAGUUUUGUGCCAUAGGCCCCGCGUGGGUGUUUUAGGAAAGCGCGGUCGGGUUCAGCCGCUAAUCCUUCCACCCCACUCUGAAUCCUGCCUCGAUUUGCUUCUGAAAACCUCCACGGAUGUGAACGUCGAUCCUGAAAGCCCUUAUGUAUUUUCUCGGCCGUUUCAUUCUCCUGCCACCCCUCUGCGUGGCACAGACCUCCUGCGUGGAUUAGCACGUUCCAGUGGGGCUAAAAACCCUGCAGCACUGACAUCUCCACGCACACGAAGGCAAGUCGCCAUCCUUACCCAGCUCCUGCUGAUGGAUGAGGGGGAGAAGGAGAGGCUUGAGCACUUCCUGCACAAUGAGUAUCACGUCACCCAAAGCUGUGCCAGAAUUGGCCAGGACCCAGCGCUGAUGGGCAGAGUGGGCCGUGUCGUGCUAUAUGGGGAGAGAGACGGCGUGUUGUUCAGAGGAAUGAGCCUCAAACACAUCUGCCUCGAGCUAGACGUAAUGUCUGGGAAUUCAGCAGAUUCUUUCUCAGAGGAAUCGGACAGAGAGGAAGAGAAGAGUAAUGAAAGAACAGAGGUGGGAAAGACAGCACGAGUGAACGGCCGAGGGCCAUCUAAAAAGGGCGCUAGUCCCGUCCCCUCGCCCACUACGCCCUCCCCGUCAGCUUCGCACAAGAGGCGGAGCUCACAAAUAAAAACAGAACGUUUACCCCACUUUUCAGGCAAGCGUGGUGUGCUGAAGAGGCCGUGGUCCGAAGCGGAGCGGGUCGCUGUGGAAACGCACCUAAAGCGAAACAUUGUGGAGCUGCGUGUACCGGCGAAGGCAGACUGCGAGCGAUGUUUGCAGCACUGCCCCCUACUGGUGAGCAACCAGCGUGACUGGAGAGCCAUUAAAUUCUACUGCCACAACCGGAUCCAACUACUGAAGAAACAGGGACGUGGAGGAGCGGCUGUCUGUUAGCUCAACACACACACACACACGCACACACACAAACACACACACGCACACCUACUGAGGGAGAGACUCUUACAGGACAUUCAGUCCUGGAACCAUGGGUUGAAUAAGUGACCAUACAUACAUUUUUUGGAUUGUUGUCCAUCAGUGUUCAUUGACCCCACACACACACUUGUACAUUGUAAGUGGUUGUAUAUGAGUGUGUCCUUUGGCUGCUCAUAGAUAAAGGUGCAAGUAAGUAAGCGAUCUUACACACACACGCACACACACACACACACUCUUUUGUGUCUAUACAUUUCAGCAUUUCACCCUAAACACACACACACACACAAAGUGUUAAAACUGAUUUAUGCCUAUAAACUGACCUCUUUGGACAAUUGGGCGUGUGUAUGAAAACAUUGUUACAUGCUUGACAUCAUUCAUAUACACGUGACAACGCAGCUCAAAGUACAUCACACACAGAUCGCAGCAAAGGAUGUAUUCCUUUAUGAACUAUUUUGUCCAUUUUCUUUUAUAUGACGAUGCUAAUCCUGUUUGGCCAGUGGAUUCUCAACAUUGGACUGAUUGUUAUAGACUUAUAUAUAAACAUCUGAAAUUUAUGUACCUGUCUUUUGACAAGCAGUUAUUUUGGGACCAUGUUUUGUCAUGUUGUUGGACUAUAUACAUACGUGUUUGUGUACGUGUGUGUAUAGAUAGAUAGAUAUAUAUCUAUACACACACACAGACGAUGUGAGAGGAACAGUAAGUCUAUUAUGCUAACGUGUUAAUUCAAUUAUGAAGGUUUUCUCAGUUCCAGUCCUAUUAAGGUGGCAUAAAAAACAGCUUAUUUAAUACUUAUAGGUUGACAGUAGCAAACAUCCCAGCCAACUAGCUGUAUAUUGGAUGAUGCAGCAGUAUAAAAUUAACCAGCUUCUGUAUGAAAUAAAGUAAUACAUAGACUUAAACAAGCGUUCAUAAUAUUUUAAACAAGAAGUAAUAUGUCGAGCUAUUUAUUUUAGUUCCUUGUAGGAUAACCUCCUCAGUACACCACUAGCCUAUAUUUUCCUUAUAUUUCAUAAAGUAAAAUAACUACACCAUUGAUUAAUGCUAGCCAGUAAACUAUGUUAAAGAACUUUCCAUGCAUGGCUUAAAUUAAUAGAGAUAUUUUAGCUAACUAACAGUUUUGCAAGAUAUUUAUUUGAACUACUCUAAGAUCAAGCUCUGUGUACUGCUAGCAAGACAAUAUAGUACUUUAUUUCACAGGUUGAUAAAUACCUUGCUAGCUUGUUAGUUGGCUAGUAUUUUAGCUUCUCCAAAAAUGACUCCUCGGCAUACUCGUGUUUAUUUUAUAUUAAGUAUUAUUACAUUUCACAAAUUGACAGUAGUUAUUAUAGUGUGUGUUAGUUUUUCUAGGUUUUGCUAAGCUUUUGACAUUGAUGUCAUAAAGUGGAACACUAGUCAGCUAGCUGUAUAUAUUAAAUAACCAGAGUGAUGCUAGCUGGCUAAAAACCUAGCAUGCUAUUUGGUUUAGUUACUCCAAAAAAAAGUCUCAGUAUAAAGCUACCAAGUUAAAGUUUCAUUCAUUUAUGUGGAACACCGCUUGCUAGCUUUUUUUUUUAGUUUUAGCGAUUCUGAAGAUUACCACGCCGUGUUCUACUUUCCCAAAGCUAGCUUUUUAUUUUUAACUUGUAGCGUAAAACUAGCUGGCUAAUAUGUUUAGUAAAUAUUUGAGUGGUCAGACCUAAUUAACACGCCAGCAUGCUGUUUAUGAUACAAUUAGCAGGCCAGUAUUUUACACAGUGAUAAAUAUCUUGCUAGCUUGUUACUGUGCCACUAUUUUAGCUGUUCUGUUUUAUUUCAUUAGCCAUAAGGUAAGCUAUCUGGCUGGUUAUAUUUGACUAACCUUGUGUGUAUUAUUACCUUUAUUAUCUAAUGCUAUAAUUGCUAACAACUAAGCUAGUUAGUGAUUUAUUUUUAGGUACUACAAUCACAACCCCACAGUUUUUACUGCAAGCAAAAUCAUGUGUUGAAUACAACAUGUCCCUGAUGAAGGAAACGAGUUCUAUUAAUAUUUUUUAUGUAAAUGGAACAAAUUUAAACACACCAUGAUGGACUGGAACUGAGUGAAUGCAUAAACCUCAAACGAUUUUUUUUUUCUUUUUCUACCCCUCCAAUUGAUUGUAGAUACAAAGUAUAAACACAGACGGAACGUUUUAUUCAUUAAGCUAGCCACGGAUUUCAUGUUCUCUCUGUUUUUGUUUUGUUUUAAAGCAUCAAAUUGUUUUAAGCCUGGUCUUAGUCUCACCUCUGCUGUUAGUGCUGAUUCUCCGUUAACCAAGAAGAGGCUUAAUCAUUGUAGAAUUAUUUCAUUUAUUUUCCCCCAGUAAUUAUCUUCAGAAUUUUUACUGUUCAUUUUUAUGGUUAUAAUUCAGCAGUAUUUUAUAUAAGCUAAAAUCCCAGUGUGACUGUGAUCACGAUCCUCCUUUUACACUGUUUCUACCCCCCCCCCCCCCCGAACCAUUUUAUCCCUAAUGAUUUAUAUAUUCCUGUUUCAUCCCCAGACCAUUGACUGUAUGUUGAUUUAUAGUAUAAACAAUGAACUUGUAUUAGCGUGCUAGCUAGCUUCGUGAAGGUGUACAUUCUGUAAAUAUCGACUUAUAUAAAAGUGCUACAUUUUGAAUUUUUUUUUCUUGUGUUUUCUUAAAUGGCAUUGUAAAGAUUUUAGAGUAAAAGCUGUUUAGAGACAGAUUAAUGUAUGUCACUGCAAGAAAUAACACACCUUUAUUUGCAGUU